GUUGAAGUAUAAAGAGUUCAUCAGAGAAUGUUUAAACGAGUGACUUUAUGCUUGAACAAGCCUCAUGCAAGUCUUCAAGUCACGCCAAAAACUUGGAAGCUGUCAGUGAAGACAUCCGUGCCUUGGCAAGUUCUCUUGACUGUCUUUGUUCAAGGAACUGCACCUUCUUCUCCCUCCACAACGCACACCAGCCAUGUCCGACUUAGAAAAGCGAAUUUCUCGGAGCGGCUCUCAAAGCCAAGUUGAAGAUGUGAAUAACAACCUCCUGGCCCGGGCCGAUGCGCCUAUCAACUACGACAGUGAUGGUAUCCAGGGAAUUGUGCGCUCGCCAUACGUGCUUGGCGCAGCGUUGCUCGCAUCUUUUGGUGGUUUCUCGUUUGGAUACGAUCAGGGUGUCAUCUCCAUCAUUCUCGUCAUGCCCCAGUUCCAUGAAUGGUUCCCCGAGACCGCCCCCGGCGGUCCAAAAUAUGGCUUCUACACUGGUUUCAUGACCGGGAUGCUCGAGUUUGGAGCCUUCAUCGGCUGUCUUUUCCUCCCGUACCUCGCCGAUAAAAUAUCUCGCAAGUGGGCCUUGACGAUUGCGACCUUCUUCUUUUGCGUAGGUGCCAUCAUCCAAACCGCCGCUCACAACUAUGGAACGCUCGUCGCGGGCCGCACCAUCGGUGGCGUUGGAGUCGGAACUUUGGCAAUGGGUGCGCCGCUCUACAUAUCAGAAAUUGCGCCCCCAAACCUCCGCGGUUCCCUCCUCGUGCUCGAGUCCAUCAGCAUCGUGAUUGGCGCUAUAAUUGCUUACUGGAUCACAUUUGCGACAAGACACAUGGAUGGAGAAUGGGCCUUUAGACUACCUUUCGCUCUGCAAAUGGCCCCAGCUCUUAUGGUCGGUCUCGGAAUCCAUUUCUUCCCCUUCUCUCCUCGCUGGCUCGCCAUGGUGGGCCGCGACGAAGACAGUCUGGGGUCUCUUACAAAGCUGCGCCGUGUUCCUCCAACCGACGAGCGAGUCCAGGCUGAGUGGAAGGGGAUCCUGUCUGAAGUUCGCUUCCAGCAGGCGAUGCUCGUUCGGGAACACUCGAGCUCCAACGCUUUCACGGCAGAGUUGAACCAAUGGGCAGACCUCUUCAAGCCCAGGUAUUUGAAGCGCACAACCAUUGCCCUCGGCAUUCCAUUUUUCCAGCAGUUCAGUGGUAUUAACGCAUUUGUGUACUACGCCCCAACGUUCUUCGCCGCCCUGGGACAAAAGGGAGACAUGCCUCUCAUUCUCUCCGGCAUGGUUAACAUCUGUCAGCUUGUUGCCGGAAUUCCCACGUUCCUUUUCCUAGACCAAGUUGGCCGCAGAAAGCUCGCCAUCGGCGGUGGUUUUGCAAUGGCUGUUCCCCACUUGAUCAUGGCUGGGGUUGUCGGCAAGUUCAACUCGUCAUGGGAUGAGCACCCUGCCAUGGGUUGGUUCGGUGUCGCCCUCAUUUGUAAAUUGACCUGGCCACUGCACGUGCUAAUUUCUUGCUUCAUUAGCUAUGGCCCUCUUGCCUGGACGCUGCCUGCUGAAGUCUUCCCCAACUCCAAACGCGCCAAAGGUGUUGGAGCUGCAACUGCCAUGAUCUGGCUGGCCAAUUUCAUCAUCGGGGUUUGCGUACCGGAAAUGGUCAUUAAACUAGGAUGGGGCACCUAUCUGUUCUUCGGGCUGUUCUGUGUUGCUGCGGGCGUCUUUUCCUUCUUCCUAGUGCCCGAAACUGCCCAUAAGUCUUUAGAACAGAUUUCCGAGCUGUUUGGUGAUAACAGCGUCGUCGAGGAGCAGGAUAUCCGCCGCCGCAUCAUCGAGGAAGUCUGGACUGACCCCAAGUACAACUCUAUCGCUAUGUCCCUGGCUUGACUUUAUCCCGAUCACGCACGCGGAUAAUAAUUGGGGAUUUGAUAAGCCAGGUCUAAGUGGCAUCAGUAAACAUCCAGUGCAAAUAUCUUAGCCUGUACCUGUAGUCACUGUUUUGUAAGAUGGAGUGAUCUUCCUUCCGCGCGCGCUUCAUUGCUGCAACAAAGGCGCGCUAGGUACGCAGUGUAGCAAACCACGUGAAUACUUCCCUGUUCGUGCGACUUCACAUUCAGCCACAUGAGUGCAUUCUGUCCAAUCAGGCCUAUUAAGAAGACUCUCAGGUCAAAGUCGAAGAGCGAAAACCGACACUCAUCCGUGGCGUUAUGCACGGAUUCGGGCGGAGGGGAAACCCUAACAGUUAACUUAGCACGCUUAGCUAGGUCGGAGAACGUGAGAACAGCGUUAAGUAGGGCGAGUCAGAACAUGGAUAGGCCGCUAACUAAGCCACGGCUAGGCCACAUGCCGCUACUUUCGCCGAGUAAUGUCCCUCUU